UUUCAACAACUGAAACAUUUACAGCAGAAAAGGAGUGGUCUCACGCCUCUGGUGUCAAAGGACCAGUGGAAGCUCCUCCCCAAACUUGGACAAUGGUACAGGGAAGUGACCCUUUAAAGUUAACCUUCCAAAGAUGAUUUAAUAGUAAACAGUCAAGGGCAAGACUGGACAACCUCUGUAUUUGCCACCAGAGAGACUUUUGCUCCACUGUGGGCUGCAAUCCCUUGGGUGUUGAGCAGUGGGAAUAUAAGUCAUACCAGACUUCGACAAAAGAGGAGUAGGAAAUGAUGUUCUAAGACUCUGGAAAUGUCUGGAUGGAGUGUCACAGCUUCUGUGCAAUGGGGCCCUGCUUCGGGCAGGGAACGAGCGGCGCCACACGGGCACGGCCGCAGGGGAAAGGGGAAAAGGGAAAGGGAAGGAUCAAGCGCUGCCCGGCGGAGUCCCGUCGGUGCCAGAGGCGGCGGAGCGAGAGGAGGAGCCGGGCCCGGUCCCUGCCCCUGGCCGGGGGCCGCGGCGGGAGAGCGGGGCACAGCGGGGCACGGCCGGGCGCUGCCGGUGCUCCGCUCUGCCCGCUCCUAGGCAGGGGCUCAUGGAGGAGGCCCGGCGCCGCCUGAGGGAGUUCGAUGUCGGGGACAAGUUCUCCCGCUUGCCGCUGCCCAGAGCCGCCGUGCUGCUGCCGCUGACGGUGCGAGAGGGCCGGCUGCACUUGCUGCUCACCGUCCGCUCCAUGCAGGAACAGGGACAGGGAACAGGCUCCCCGGAAACCCGUGACGGGAAACGAGCAUUUCCAGAGUCGCCACCGAUUGUUUACCUCGAUAAGGAAAUUGACAGUGCAAUGCAGCUUUAGUAAAUGGUAUUUUUCAGUCUGCAGUUAAUAUUAUUCUUUUCUGCCUUUAAUACAUAAGAGGCAACAAGCUAAGGCUCCCAGAACUCUUUUGCCAGCAUUUUGUUUCGUUUUACAGCUCUUGUUUUCCACCCCUGCCUCACAUGAACUGCCUGUACUCGGGAAUUACUUUUUUCUGUUGCUGGGUCCUGCUCAAAGAAACAAACAAUCACAGUUACAUAGCUGAUACACUGAUUGUAAAUGCGUUUCUUACUGAUCUUUGAUGUGCAAGCCUACUACUGGAAUGUAAUUAAAGGUAUCUUAGAAAUAACUCACUUUUUUGGUACAGUUAAGAGGUGACACAGUCUUUGAAGCAAUAACUAAAUUACCAUUAAUUAAUAACGAGCCAGCUGUGUCGUGUGCGUGUCUCCUUCCCCAGAGGUGAAAACACACACAAACACACACACAC